GUUAUUCUCUCCCGCGUUAUUCCUUAAUCCUAUUCCAAAUACCUCUUAUUCCGCAUCUAAAUCGAUUCGAAAUCGAAGCCCCGGAUAGAUCCAAACAAAAAUCCCACCUUUAACUCCUCCUCCCCACUCCACCACUGCGAUACAGAGUUAGAGAGAGAGAGAGAUUGAGAGCGAGGAGAACGAAUCCAGUCCCAUCCAUGGCGUCGAUUCCUUGCUCCAUCCAACUCCUGAUCCCACCCACUUCGUCUUCUUCUUCUUCGACGAAUUCGUCUUCAUCUUCGUCGAACAAGCUGAGAUCCCCGUUCCUCGCGGCGAGGAGGAGAUUGGGGUGGUUCGGGGGGAACAGGGUGGCCGCGAAGGUGCGCGGCGGCGGCGGCGGAGGAGGGCGCGGGGCCACGUGCUGGUUCCGGUUCGGGAACAGGGGGGUCGACGCCGAGGGCGCGGGGAUCUACGGGAGCCAGUCCCGGGACGAUUUCGACCGCGACGAUGUGGAGCAGUAUUUCAAUUAUAUGGGAAUGCUUGCUGUCGAAGGCUCAUACGAUAAGAUGGAAGCUCUUUUAAACCAAAACAUUCACCCCGUUGAUAUCCUACUCAUGUUGGCGGCGUCUGAAGGUGACAAACCGAAGAUUGAGGAAUUAUUGAGGGCCGGUGCGAAGUACGAUGUUAAAGAUGCAGAUGGAAGGACGGCAUUGGAUAGAGUGGCUAACGAUGAGAUCAAGGAGCUUAUCCUUGGGUUUUCAGUUAGAAAAGUUUGAUUGGAAGAAGCCACUUUUCGAAUGAUCUCUUUGAUCUUUUUUUUGUAUGUUUUUUUUUUUUCUUUUUUUGUUUUGCUGCGGUAGAACACUAGUUGAUGUAUAUCUUAUUUUGUUGUUGGUAGUUUAUAUGUUGAAUUGCUGCUACUAAUUUCCUUAUAAGCAUUGGCUAUUCAGUGACUCUGUUCUCAUCUUUGAACUGUUUCGAUUGUCGGAAAAGAAUUGCAAGGUGUAA